AUGGAAAAAAUCGAGAAGCGAAAUCGCCCGCCGGUCUCUUGCGAACCGUGCCGUGGCCGAAAGCCCAAAAUAUUGCUUCACCUUAAGGCAACAUCUGAUACGCGCCCUAGAUUGAAAUGCAACCGCCAGUCGCCCUGCGAUACCUGCAUCAGAAGGAAAUGCGCGUUAUCCUGUCAUUAUGCUGCAAAUGCCGACCGUAACAGAAAUCUACCUACGCGAAACAACAAUCUCAACGAUAGACUUCGAAAUAUUGAACACCUGGUGUCUUCGUUGAUGGGAAAACACUCCGAUGCGUUGUCACCGUCCGAUCAACCGACGAUUUCCACUGCAAAGCCAUCUGGCCAUCUCACUGAACGCACAGAGCCACCGACCACGAAUGUCCCACCUGAGAAGGAGACUUUGAGGGUCUUGCAUGAUCAGAAUGGCGAGGCAGUUUACACCGAUCCAAGUCACUGGAUGUCAAUCUUGCAAGAGAUCAAAUUUGUGCGAGAGAGUUUGCCUUCUCCUGAAUCUAGCGCACAUGAUGAGACUCCCCAUCUUGAUAACGGGCCUGAUUUUGAUCUCAAUCUGAACAUGGGUCCAGGCGAUAGAUUUAGUAUUCCUGACGCUUUGUCAUGCCUUCCGGCGCAGCCUGUCUGUGACAUGCUAUUGUCUAAAUAUUUUAAUUCUCGUUACAUGGUCUUGGGAAUUGUACAUUACGGCAAGUUCCGCAAAGAGUACGAGGAUUUUUGGAAUCAUCCCCAGGGGACAUCUUUUCGCUGGCUUGCUCUACUCCUUUCUAUACUGAGCGUCGCGGUUACCUGCUAUGACAAGGCGAGUCCCGCCAAUGGCUCAACGCAGGGUCGACCUUCGGCGAUUCUUUUACAGCAAACCACCGCCCGAUGCUUGAUAUCAGGGGGGGCUUUGUUCCUCUAUCUACAAAGCAGGUUCAUGAAUGAGACUAGCUCGACCACGCAACUAUGGCUAGAACUAGGAACCAUCAUUAGACUCGCGCUUCGAAUGGGGUAUCAUCGCGACCCAGAUGGACUUCCGAGCAUCUCUAUCUUUGAGGGAGAGAUGAGAAGACGCGUGUGGCUCAAUAUCUUCCAAAUCUAUGCUCUCGUCUCGUUCCAGAUGGGGCUUCCGAGUAUGCUUCCCGCCGAAUAUUGCGAUACUAAACCUCCAGGAAACUUUCACGAUACGGACCUUUCAGCCGAUAUGGACCACCUUCCAAAUUCCCGGAGUCUUGAAGAAGGGACCCCAUUGAGAUAUGGCAUUGUGAAGUGCAAAAUCAUGAGCGUCUUUAAGAAAAUUGUUAGCCACACACAGCCUCUUUCAUCGCCGGAGUACAGCGCCACGCUUGCUCUGGAUAGAGAGAUGAAAAAUGCCUACCAAACAAUUCCCGAUGUUAUGAAGCGGAGGAAUAUUUCGGACUCCUUUAUAGACGCUUCGGAUAUCAUUCUGGAGCGAUGCACACUGGAACUACUCUACCUCAAGGGCAUUGUUGUCCUUCAUCGGAGAUACAUUCGACAUGAGCCUUAUAAUCUCCAGUUUGAGCCCUCGCGUCGAUUCUGUUUGGAAGCAGCGCUAGAGAUCCUCGCCCGCCAGGCUGACAUCUACAACGCUACACUUUUCGGAGGGCGCCUUCAUGAGGAUGCGUACAUGGUGACUACACUAACGGAGCAUGACUUUCUCCUGGCUGCAAUGGUUGUCUGCUUAGAUCUUUCAGUACAGAUGGAGUCGGAGGUACCCGAGAUCUCAAAUAUUGAAGGGAGUAAAAGCUUUACAGCGAAGAAAUUCCAUGCCCUUCAGACAUCACAGGAAAUAUGGGCAGCAAAAAGAGGUUCGCCGUCGCAGUCGGGUAUCGCAUCGAUGACGCUUGACUUGAUGAUUAGAAAAGUGACGGGAGAGACAGGCGAGUGUUCAAAAUUCCUUGGAUGA